AAGGACGUCAGUUCACCAUUUAACCCUUAAGUUCUAAGUCAGUUGGAAUAGUUAGUUGUAACGUUAACUGGAGGUGUUUUCGGUUCCUGUGCCGAAUGUGAUUAGUUUGAUUUUAGGUGUAAAUCCAGCGAUAGCGUUGUACAGCCUACCUUACCCUGUUUUAGCGCUUAGCUAAUUCUUUGGCUAACGACGGUGAUCUUCAAGGGAGCGAUGGUUCGGGAAGUUUGGGUGGACUGGAUGUUCGCAGACGAAUCCCCAUCAAGCUCAUUUCCAAGCAGCCCUUGAGGAAUAAGCCCCAGCAGCGGAUGCAGAGGCCUGGCACCAGGCCCUGCAAAAGUGAACCUGGGGAAGAUGGUACGCUACCGAGCACAUUAAAAAAUAAAUUCAACUUUAAGCAAGAGGAAAGGUUUGAUUGUGGCACCAAAGCUGGCGAUGUGUUUGCAAGCCAGCGGAGAUUUCCACAACCCCUAUUUUGGGACUAUAAGUUACAUUUAAUUGGUGAACGGGAUGAAGUACCAAUUCAUUUCUGUGACAAAUGUGGCCUCCCUAUUCAGCUGUAUGGACGGAUGAUCCCAUGCAAACAUGUUUUCUGUUACGACUGCGCUUUGCUGCAUGAGAAGAAAGGAGAAAAGAUGUGUCCAGGUCUCACCCUGUAUAACUGCACUGAUCCAGUUCAGCGCAUUGAGCAGAGCCAGCGAGGUUCCCUCUACAUGUGUAGUGUCGUGCCGGGAUGCAAGCGCACCUACCUGUCCCAGCGUGACCUCCAAGCCCACGUGAACCACCGCCAUAUGAGGGCAUCAAAAUCAUCCGGUCGUCAGGAUCCCAUGCACCUUCCACCGCCGUCUGAGGUUUCUGAGCGGUUCCGCGUCCCUCCGCCUCACAUGCCCAAGAAUCAUGUCCACCUCCCUGGCCCGCUCCAGCACGGUGGUCACGACCCCUACAGCCAGCCUCCACCACCGAGUCCUCACGAUGGUCCGCCCCCACCUUCUGCCCUGGGCCCCGAGACAUUCCGUAUCUCCACGGUAACGACUCGUAAACACAGCAAUCUAAUCACUGUGCCCAUCCAAGAUGACUCCUCUUCUUCACGAGAGCCCCACUCAAGUGGGCCAGGACCAAGUCAACCCCCUCACCACCACCCUGUAGACUAUCCUGGCCAGCCUCCUGUAGUGUCCCACUCUCACCACAUGAUGGCGCCACCACAACAUAACUUUGGCCCACCUCCUCCCCCUCCUCCUCCUAUUAGCCACCCUAUGCAGCAUCCAGGCCAGCCCUCUGGGGCACCACACAUGGUGUACAACCAGGCCCCUCCCCCUCCUAUCACACCUCCACCUGGGCACAUCAUAGGUCAGAUGCCACCUUAUAUCAGCCACCCACCCCCAGGACCUCCCCCGCAGCACAGUGGACCCCCUGUUAAUGCCCCCCCACCACAUCACUAUAACCCAAACUCUAUGCAGCAGUUUCCUGAGGACCAAGGCACCCUUAGUCCCCCGUUCAGCCAACCAGGGGGGCUCAGUCCUGGGAUGUGGCCUGCUCCUAGGGGGCCACCGCCUCCUCGAAUGCAGGGUCCCCCUCCCCAGGGCCAGAUGCCUGGGCCACACCACCCAGAUCAGGGCCGUUACCGGCCUUAUUAUCAGUAAACUGCUAAUGAGGUAAACGGGCAUCAGCCAGUUUAAUUUCAUUCUCAUAAAACUUGUCUGAGUAUUGUGAUAGUAAACCUCAGGGUUACAUGAUGUAGGACUUUGAUUCUGAUGAAAAAUAAAAACUCCAGAAUAAAAUGUGCAUGUGGUGCACAUUCAGUGACCUGUGUUUGACGUCCCACUGAACAUACUAAUGACUUUGAUAAAAAGAAUGACUUUUUUUUUUGUCUUUAGUAUAUACCUGUAUAUAUGUCAGCUGAUGUCUUACACACAGAUGUUAUCGAUUCUCAAUAAAUUUUUAUUGCCAUGUU